AUGGACAUGAGCAUGGACGGAGGCAUGUCUCUAUCGAUGGGAAACAUGAUCAUGUAUCUGCAUUUCACUCCGGGCGACAACUUGUGGUUUCUCGGUUGGGUAGCUAGUAGUCCGGGAGCGAUGGUGGGGGCGUGCAUCGGCUUGUUCAUGCUUGGGAUGGUGGAUCGCUGGUUAGGGGCGAUGCGCGCUGUCAUGGAGAUGCACUGGCAUGCUAGGGCUCAGAUCGCGUUGUCCAACAAGCUCAACUCACAUGCGCUGCCCACCUCUCGCGAAGGCGGGCUGCAGAAGGGCCCGUCCCCCCUUCGCAACUUCGUGUCCCACCGCGCCGCGCUCCCUUUCAUCCCAGCGCACGACAUCUCGAGGGGAAUCGUACAUGUCACUCAGACGCUUCUGUCCUUCCUGUUCAUGUUAGCAGUAAUGACCUUCCAAGUCGGGUUUAUACUGUCCAUCGUAGUCGGCCUAGGGGUUGGAGAGACGCUGUUCGGGCGGUACUCGCACCACGCCGCCCAUCUCCACUAG